AUGUUUUUGUACAAUAUCACCAUCAACCCAACCACAGCUAUCAACCAAGCUAUCUAUGGUAACUUUUCGGGCACGAGGCAGCAGGAAAUCAUUGUCGCUCGCCAGACACGUUUGGAAUUGCUGCGUCCUGAUGCUUCAUCUGGAAAAGUACAUACUGUGCUUUCACAUGAAUGCUUUGGCCUCAUCCGCAGUUUAGCCCCUUUUCGCUUGACAGGUGGUAGUAAAGACUACAUUAUUGUAGGUUCAGAUUCUGGUCGCAUAGUCAUCCUGGAAUACAACCCAACAAAAAACACAUUUGAUAAAGUACACCAAGAGACAUACGGUAAAACUGGCUGUCGUCGUAUUGUGCCUGGCCAAUAUUUGGCAGCUGAUCCCAAGGGUCGUGCUGUCAUGAUUGGUGCUGUCGAAAAGCAGAAACUCGUCUAUAUUCUCAACCGUGAUUCAGCGGCUAAUUUGACUAUCUCUUCACCAUUGGAAGCACACAAGAGCCACACCAUCAAUCAUCAUAUUGUCGCUGUCGACGUUGGAUUCGAAAACCCCAUGUUUGCUUGUUUGGAAGUCGAUUAUGCUGAUGCAGAUACAGAUCCUACUGGAGAAGCUGCCAAGGAGGCAGAAAAGACAUUGACAUAUUACGAGUUGGAUCUUGGAUUGAAUCAUGUUGUGCGCAAGUGGAGCGAUGUUGUCGAUCGUCAUGCUAAUUUGUUGGUGCCAGUUCCUGGUGGAAAUGAUGGACCUUCUGGUGUCUUGGUGUGCACUGAAAACUUCAUCACUUACAAGCAUCCCGAACAAGAAGAGCUUCGCAUUCCUAUUCCUCGUCGUGCUCAGCCUCUGGAAGACCCCAAGCGUGGCAUCAUCAUUAUUGCCUCUGCUGUACACAGAAUGCGUGUAGAUAAAAAGACUCAAUUCUUCUUUUUGCUGCAGUCUGAAGAAGGCGACCUUUACAAGGUCACCAUGGAUCACCAGGAAGGCGUUGUGAAUGGCCUGACCAUCAAGUAUUUCGAUACCAUUCCCAUUGCAACAUCGCUUUGUAUCCUGAAGAGUGGCUUUUUGUUUGUAGCCAACGAAUUUGGUAACCACCAUCAUUACUUCUUUGAAAGUCUCGGUGACGACGAUGAUGAUCCAGAGAUUUCAUCAGCAGAUUACAUGGAGGCGGAAGCAGAGCAAGAAGAAAGACCUCUGGUCUACUUUAAACCUCGUGCCCUGAAGAAUUUGUCACUGGUCGAUGAACUGAGCUCUAUGGCGCCCUUGAUGGACUCCAAAGUGCUGAAUCUGGCCGACGAGGAAUCACCUAGAAUCUACUCCAUCUGUGGCAAAGGCUCUCAAUCCACAUUUCGUAUCUUGAACCAAGGCUUAGAGGCUGCUGAACUCGCUGUCAGUGAAUUGCCCGGUAAUCCCAGUGCUGUAUGGACAACCAAGCUCAAAGCCGAUGAUGAAUUUCAUGCCUACAUUGUCGUCUCAUUCGCUAAUGCUACGCUUGUCUUGUCGAUUGGAGAAACAGUAGAGGAGGUGCAGGAUACUGGAUUUCUGACCAACGAGCCCACAUUAGCCGUGCAACAAAUUGGUGAUGAUGCUCUUUUGCAAGUGCAUCCCAGAGGUAUUCGUCAUAUUCGUGCGGGUGGUCGUGUCAAUGAGUGGAAAUCACCCAAUGGCCAAGUGAUCAGACAAGCAGCUACCAACAGCCGUCAAGUGGUGAUUGCUCUGUCUGGUGGUGAGCUAGUGUAUUUUGAAAUGGACAACAUGGGCCAAUUGAACGAACACCAGGAGCGCAAGCAAAUGUCUUCUGCUGUAUCCGCAUUGGCGUUAGGCGAUGUGCCUGAGGGUCGUCAACGCUCGCGUUACUUGGCUGCUGGCUGUGAAGAUCAAACUGUGCGUAUCUUGAGCUUGGAUCCUGACUCUUGUCUAGAAGCUAUCUCUAUGCAAGCGCUUCAAGGCGUGCCUUCUAGUUUGUGUAUUGUAGAAAUGAUGGAUACCGGUAUUGAACAUGGCACUACCUACUUGAACAUUGGUUUGACCAACGGUGUCUUGCUGCGUACCAUCUUGGAUACCAUCACGGGCCAACUCUCAGACACAAGAACUCGCUUCAUUGGAGCCAAGAGUGUCAAGCUGUUCAAAAUCUGGAUCCAAGGCCUUCCUGCUGUAUUGGCGUUAUCCACAAAGCCCUGGGUCAGUUAUACCUUCCAAAAUAGAUUGUACUUGACUCCUCUGAGUUAUGAAAUGCUCGAGUAUGGUAGUGCGUUUGUGAGUGAGCAAUGCCCUGAAGGUGUGGUCGCUGUAGCAGGGAAUACAUUGAGAAUCUUUACUGUCGAAAAAUUGGGCAACAUCUUCAAUCAAGUCUCGAUUCCCUUGAAAUACACGCCUCGAAAGUUCGCGCUUCACCCACCUUCUCGUACUUUUGUCAUCAUUGAAAGCGACCACGCCACUUACUCACCCGAAGCCAAAGCUAGCGGCAUUUUGGAAAAGGAACAAGAAGGAUUUGAAAUUGAUCCCGAGAUCACUGACUUGGAUCCUGUGCAGUUUGGCAACGUGCGUAACGCACAAGGUAAAUGGGCCAGUUGCAUUCGACUCGUAGAGCCCUUCCAGGGCACCACGCUACAGCUGAUUGAACUGGAGGAGAAUGAAGCUGCUUUCAGUGUGGCCAUGGUGCAAUUCCGUACCAACCCCCAUGCCACAGACGCCAAUGAACAGUUCGUGGUGGUUGGCACAGGCCAAAAUGUGACACUGACACCUCGCUCCUGCACAGCAGGUUAUCUUCGUGUCUAUCGCGUGGUUCAAGGAGAAAACGGUGUGCUCCGUCUUGAUUUCAUUCACAGGACGCCACUGGAUGAAUGUCCCUAUGCUUUACUGGCUUUCCAAGGCCGUUUGCUCGUCGGUGCAGGCAAGGCGCUGCGUAUUUAUGAUAUUGGUAAAAAGAAGAUGCUGAGAAAAUGCGAAACCAAGACACUGCCCAACUGCAUUGUCAAUUUACACACACAAGGCCAUCGUAUCAUUGCAACAGACAUCCAAGAGUCUGUUCAUUAUGUGAUUUACAAGCAUGUAGACAACCGUUUGGUCGUGUUUGCAGAUGACACUAUUCCUCGUUGGAUGACAGCUUCUACCAUGGUCGAUUACGAAACAGUGGCAGGUGGUGACAAGUUUGGUAACAUUUUUGUGAAUCGUUUGCCCGAGCAUGUAUCUCGCGAAAUAGAUGAAGAUACCACAGGCAACCGUAUUUAUCAUGAAAAGGGCUAUUUACAAGGUGCACCCAACAAGGUUGAAAACUUGUGCGAAUACUUUACGGGUGACAUUGUCACUUCCAUCCAUAGAACCACAUUGUUAUCAGGCGGUCGUGAAGUGCUUUUGACCACGUCGCUCUUGGGUGCCAUCUCUAUCUACGUCCCAUUUGUGUCCAAAGAAGAUGUCGACUUUUUCCAGAUGCUUGAAAUGCACAUGCGUGCAGAAGCGCCACCACUUGCUGGACGAGAUCAUUUACUUUAUAGAAGUUUUUACAUACCCGUUAAAUCUGUCAUUGACGGGGAUUUAUGUGAACAAUUCAACUCACUGCCAGCUGACAAGAGACGUAUGAUUGCUGAAGAGCUGGAUCGUCCCGUUGCUGAUGUACAAAAGAAGAUUGAAGAUAUGCGUAUAAGAUCAGGAUUCUAA